CUUUCUCAUACUCUUCAUCCAAAAAAGUCCUCCAUUUCCAUAUUUGCUCUCAAAUUCUUCCAAAGGAUGAGCGACGAAAUUGCCCACGAUUUCUCUCCUUUCAUCAAAUUCUACAAAGAUGGCCGAGUUGAGCGACUGAAAGGCAACGACAUCGUUCCGCCAUCUCUCGAUCUGAAAACCGGCGUGGAAUCCACAGACAUAGUUGUCUCAGCCGAAACAGGCUUAUCAGCAAGGCUCUACAUCCCCAAAACCGCAAUCAACACCUCCCAAAAGCUUCCCCUCCUCGUUUACUUCCACGGAGGAGGUUUCUGCAUCGAAACCGCUUUCUCUCCUACUUACCACGAUUACCUCAACUCCUUAGCUGCUUCAGCAAACAUCGUCGUGGUCUCCGUGGAUUACAGGAGAGCUCCGGAACACCCUCUUCCGAUUGCUUACGACGACUCGUGGGCGGUUCUUAAAUGGAUAUCUUCUCAUUUCGAGCAGAAAGGUCCGUCGGAGUGGCUGAACUCCAACGCCGACUUAAAAAGGGUGUUCUUCGCCGGAGACAGCGCCGGAGCUAACAUUGCUCACAACAUGGCCAUGCGUGUGGGAUUGUCAGAGGAGGAGCUUAGGAUUAAGCUUGUCGGGUCGGUUUUGGUGCAUCCGUAUUUCGGCGGGAAAGAACCAAUAGGAGCUGAGGUUAAAAUGGAAGCUGGAUUUAAAGCGUGGACUGAAUCUUUCUGGCGUUUGGCGUGCCCAUCUACGACGGGGUUGGAUGACCCGCUUAUUAAUCCGGCGGAGGAUCCGAAUCUCGAGAAGUUAGGGGGUGAGAAAUUGUUGGUUUGUGUUGCGGAGAAAGAUUUUCUGAGGGAGAGAGGUUGGUAUUACAGUGAGUUGGUGAGGAAAAGAGGGUGGGGAGGUAUUGUGGAGGUGUUGGAAGCGAAGGAAGAAAACCAUGUCUUCCAUUUGUUCAACCCCAGUUGUGAAAACGCCAUUGCCAUGCUCAAGAGAAUUUCUUCUUUCAUCUCUUAGCUAUAAAUAGUUUCCUCUAUGUUGUGUAAUUCAGAAAAUAAAAAGCUUAAUUUUAACUUGUAGUUUUUCAUAAAGAAAAUGUGUUUCUACUUU